UCGGUUCACGUUCUGCUCCCAAAUGGUGACGGGCCUGAAGACCAGCAUUAUCCGAAAAGACAAUCAUAUCUGAAGUUUCAAAAUAUGGCAAAGUAUACCCGGUUAAAACAAGCUUUAAGGAACCAUCUGCUGAAAGAAGUAAAAAUAUCGACGCUUUAACUGAAGAAAUAAACGAGCCCGAAGCACCAAAGUACGGCAAAGUAUACACGAGUAAGAAAAGUCUUUUAAACCAAUCUGCUGACAAAAUUCAAGGUGAUGUUGAUGAGAUAUGUAAAAAAUAUUUGCAAAAUAUUAUGGAUGCGUCUAAAAACGUAACGGUACUCUCAGUUGUCAAAAUACCUCCAGUGAAUUUGGUAAAAGAAGUUGAAAAACAUUUGACACUGAACAAGGAGAAUAAACAGGUUGUGUCUUUAGAGAAGCCUGCAUUAGAAAAAGCAAAAAUAGAAAAACUGAAUGAGAACGAAGAUAAACCUAAACCAGAGAGAAAACGUGCUAGACGUCUCAAUGUCCCGCCGGGAAAAUCUGUAUCCGCGGAAGAAGUAGAUAUGUAUUUGACAAAUGAAUAUGAAGAUGAAAUAGAACAACCGCAUGAGAACAAAGAAAACUCCACACAAGUUGAACUGCAAAAGAAACGUAUUAAUCGUUCUAAUUUGCCGAGAAAAUGUGAGUUAGCAAAAGAUACUGAAAGUUUAUCGACAAAAGAAGAUCAAGAUAGAGCAAAAGAACAUAAUGAGAAUAUUACACAAUGUGAAUAUGAAUGUGUUAAACUAAGAAAUUUGCUUCUUGGACAAAAGAUCCCAGAAGAUGUUGAAAUAGAUUUGACAAACGAAGAAGAAGAAGAUAAUUAUGUUACACCUCCAAGGGAUUUAACAUCAUUAGAAGAAGUAAACAUGAAUUUACUAGAAGAGCUCAAUAAAAAGAAAAUUAACUGUCCCCGUUCACUAUCGGAGGAAGGUGAAAAUAAUAAGAAAUGUCAAUUGCCAGUAAUACGUGCCAUUCGGUUUGAACUACCUCCAGGGAAGUCAGUAUCAGCCAAAGAUGUUGAAGUUAUUUUAAAAAAUAAAGAAGAUGAGCUUAAAAACAAAUACUAUCACACUACUAAACACUAAUUAACAUAAGAAACAAAUGUUAUUUUUAUAAUUGACUAAGUAUACCAAUCAAAAUAUUAUGGUGCAUAAUUAUUAAUAUAGUGCAUCAUCAAAAUUACUUGUGAUAUAAUAAUAAGUGCCUUUGAGGAUUUGUUGACUAGUGCCUUACUUUCUAUUAAUUAGGUAUACAAUUUCCGGGACAGUACGUCGAAGGACGGUUCUUAAAUCCCAAUAGAUUACGACACAACGUUCAUCGACGGCUGACUUUGAGCUUCGAAAUACGACAGCCCGUCAUAGAACGAACGUCAGUAAUAGAAAAUAUUGUAGGGUGACUUUUUAGUGUCGUAUUUCAAGAGUACAAAGCUGGCUAGUGUCACAUCGUAAAGUUUUAUGAGCACACAAGUAAACUACACGCACACACUCAAAGUCGUCUCGUAUGGUGACACAACGGCCGAGAAAGCGAUCUCCGGUUAGCGAUGGGCGAUUGUUCGAAAUAAAAUAAUCGAAUGAAUCGACAAUCGACCAAUCGAACUUUCGAUUGUCAAUUUAGUAAUUCGAAAAAAAAAAUCGAAUAAUAAUCGACAAUCGAAUGACAAAUCUAUUUACUUAUCUUUACGCGACGAUUCAUUCGUUGUAGUAGAUAGUACCGUGCGGCGCGCGCUCACAGGACCGCACCGAACGAAUCAUGUUAUUCGUUAGUAACAUGAUUCGUUCGCUGCGCUGUUCGCGUCGAUUAAUCGAAUGACUGCGAUUGCUUUUCGAAUACAUUCAAUUAUAGAGAUCACUCGAAUAAUUCGAUUAAUUUAGUAAUAAUCGCCCAUCGCUAUCUCCGGUGCUCGAAGAUGAUCAAGAAGUGUCAGAGGCUAAAGAUAAAGAUCCUUUUUCUACCCUACAUGGAAUGCGUGAUAUGACAUAAUUAUGUUCAAAGGCGGUCAAUGUGCACUGAUUGUUAAAAAAUAUGACAGGUUGCCAGUCUUUAAAAUUAUUUUCGUGUAAAAUUAUCAAGUAUGUUAUUAAUUAAAAUG